GAUGAAAAUAUAGUAAUGAUGUGCACAUUUAUUCGAUGAAGCGGCACAUCCAGGAUUUGAAGAUGUCCUUUUGAUGUGACAAUUUUAUGAGGUGGCAUGUCAAUUGACAGUGGAGAUGUUAUGAGGAAUAGGCUAAGCAGUACAAAUCUAAGCAUACAAGACUGGAAGUUUUCAAGGUUGAUGAAGCAUUCAGGUCUAUUGUUUAGUGAGAUGUGCAUGCUUGAAAUAAUUGAAGAGCUUGGAACUCUUAGGAAUUGGAAGCAGGCAUUAUCUAUUGUGAAAUGGGUAUACAAUCAGCAGGAAUACAAGAAUUGCAAAAGCAGGUUUGUAUUCACAAAACUCUUGUCUGUUCUUGGAAAAGAAAGGAGGCAUCGGGAAGCUUUAAAGAUUUUCAGUGAGAUGAGAGAAGAUGGUCAGAUAUAUCCUGAUAUGGCUGCGUACCACUCAAUCGCCGUUACGCUUGGCCAAGCUGGCCUUGUGGAAGAAUUAAUCCAUAUAAUUGAGUGCAUGAGGCAGAAACCUUCUAAAAAGCUUAGAAAUAUGAAUCGCAGAGAUUGGGAUCCCUGCUUAGAUCCUGAUAUUAUCAUAUAUAAUGCGGUGUUAAAUGCUUGUGUACCAUCACGUCAAUGGAAAGGAGUGUCCUGGGUGCUGCAACAGAUGAGGCUUAGUGGUUUGAGACCCACAGAAACAACUUAUGGGUUAGCCAUGGAAGUAAGUCCUAACCAGUUAUGAUGAAUUUUACAUCUGUGAUCAAAGUUGAUUUAGUUAUUCGU